AAGCCUAAAUGAUCAGCAGAGCAACUUUCUCAGCAUACCCUUAUGCAGGCUGAUCAACUCCAAAAUGGUACCUCAAAAUCUGUGCCAACUUUGCAAAUGUUUGUUUCUGAGUAAGUUGAAACUGAACUCAGUAAAUGUGGCUGGUUUGGCCAGAAGGAUCCAUUCUUCAUCACAAAAGCUUUCUGACUCUGAGUCACAGGAACAAACUGUCCAGAAAUGUGAAUCUGAAGAGCUGCCUCAAAAUACAGAGAACAGUGAUUCUGGAAGAUUGCACGUACCAGUGAUGCUGGAGGAGGUUGUUAAUUGUUUAUCCCCUCAGCCUGGUCAGCGUUUCCUGGAUAUGACAUUUGGAGCUGGAGGUCACACAGCAGCUCUGCUGGAGAGAGCCAGAGACAUCACAGUGUAUGCCCUGGACAGGGACCCCACAGCUCACAGCAUGGCCCAGCAGCUGGCAGCAGCCUACCCGAACCAGCUUCAGCCUCUCCUGGGAAGGUUCAGCCAGUCAGAGGCUUUGUUAAUCUCAUCUGGGGUUGAGCCAGGCACUCUGGACGGAGUUCUCCUGGAUGCUGGCUGUUCUUCUAUGCAGUUAGACACACCUGAAAGAGGCUUCUCCCUGCAGAAGGAUGGGCCCUUGGACAUGAGGAUGGAUCAUGACAGGUGCUUUUCCAGCAUCAGCACUCUACGCACGGAAGGACUUGCUUCAGAGACCUGUGCAUGUUGCUACUAAAACUUUCCAAGGCCUGAGGAUAUUUGUGAAUGAUGAGCUCCAUGAACUCCUGAUAGGGCUGAAGACAGCUGAGAAGUUCCUGAGGCCUGGAGGUCGCCUUGUGGCCCUGUCCUUUCAUUCCCUGGAAGAUCGAAUCAUCAAACGUUUCCUUCAUGGCAUUGACAUGACAGAGAAACACAACCUUGGCUCAAAGCAGAAGAUCAGGCAGGCUCUGAAAAAUGCCUCCAAAGGAGAAGACACACAAGGAUCUCGCUGUGGAAAAUCCAACUCCAAGUGGAUUUCUAUACACAAAAAAGCUCUCACACCCCAGGCCAAGGAUAUUCAAACAAACCCAAGAGGACGGUCAGCCAAGCUAAGAGCUGCUAUUAAACUCUAAAUGAAAAUAUAUGAUUAUGUGAUUGUAUCAUUUCCUGAAAUUCUGUUUUCCAGAAUGCUAACUGGACAUUUGUCAAAUUGAUAUUUGUCAAACUGAAAAAAUAAAAGGAAGGCUGUGAGAAAACUUUUCUUUCUUACCUUUGUGCUUCUUUGUGCUUUGCUUAGGAAGUAGUAUAGAGCAUGAAAAUGUAAACUAAAUGCAUAUAAGUGGGUGUCACUAAUUAUACAAAAAAGACAUCAUUUUUUAAAAGAGCAUCAAACACCAAGUUUAUAAAAUUUGCAGGUUUGAUGUAUUUAUAGUAUUCCCUUUAGAUUAAUUUCAAAAUCCUGGCAUUAAGAGUCUAAAUUCAGUAGCUAAUUGAGACAUAUUUUUAUGGGGGUGGAUUUCACACACCUGAUUCAGAUUUGUACUUCAGUCUAGAGUAAGUUUAAACUAACCUAAGAAUUGUUUAUAUAUCUGUUUCUGUAUCCCAGCUAACUUGUUGCAUCAAUGCCAUUGGAACAAGAGGUAAUUCUGAAAUAAAGUGACUUCAGCAUCCCA